AUGGCAGGAAACUCAGCAGAGUGUGGAUCAGCUACACAGAAACUGCAAUUUGCACCUUUCUGCAGUGCCCUCGAAGCUGGAUUUUGGCAUCAGCUCACACAGAAGAAGCUUAAUGAGUAUCGUUUGGAUGAAAGCCCCAAAAACAUCAAAGGUUAUUACUAUAAUGGUGAUCCUGUUGGUUUGCCUACUCGUCUGACCUUGGAGUUCAGUGCAUUUGAUGCUGAUGGACCCACUCCAGCCCGCUGCUGUCCAGCCAUAGGAACGCUGUAUAAUACUAACACAUUAGAAGCCUUCAAAUCUACUGACAAGAAAGCUCUGCUGGACAAAGUGGCUAAUGAGAUUUGGAAUGCAAUACAGUCGGGAGCUGCGCUUGAGAAUCCUUCCGUCCUCAGCAGAUUUAUUUUGUUGACAUUUGCGGAUCUGAAGAAAUACCACUUCUAUUACUGGUUCUGUUUCCCGGCCUUAUGCUUCUCUGAGGGAAUUCAAAUUCUCCAAGAGCCAGUCUCACUGGGGCAGAAAUUCUCUCCUAAACAGGUGAGAAUUGGUUUUAUAUUCAUUUUGCAGAUAUCUGCUCUACAAGAGGCUUAUGAUGGUCUUUGCUCAGCCAGCAGGACCACAGCUGCACCGUACUUUCUGUUGAAGUACUCAGACCAGCAUGUGGAAGUGGCUUCAUUGAGAGACUGGGAUACAUUCUUUAAGGAUCUAAAGAAGGUGACUUUGGGUGUGUAUGACCCUUGCACCCUACCUCAACACCCUGGCUGGCCUUUGAGAAACCUGCUUAUCCUCAUUGCCAACAAAUGGGGGUCGCAACUAGACACAGUGGAAGUUUUAUGCUUCCGGGACAGAACGCUCCAAGGGACCCGCUCUAUACAGCACAGCAUCAUCUUUCAGGUCAAGAUACCUGACCUGUCCGUCUCUGCAGGAUGUCCUAAAAGCGUGGGAUGGGAAAAGAAUCCAAAGGGGGCGAUGGGACCGAGAAGUGUGAACCUGAGUGAAUGCAUGGACCCCAAAAGGCUCGCAGAGUCAUCUGUUGAUUUAAACCUGAAGCUGAUGCGAUGGAGACUGGUCCCUUCAUUGGAUCUGGACAAAGUUGUUUCCACUAAGUGUUUGUUACUUGGAGCAGGUACUCUGGGCUGCAAUGUAGCAAGAACACUUAUGGGCUGGGGAGUUAGACACAUCACCUUUGUGGACAAUGCAAAGAUCUCCUACUCCAACCCUGUGCGACAACCUCUGUAUGAGUUUGAGGACUGUCUCAGUGGGGGGAAAUCCAAGGCCAUAGCUGCAGUGGACAGACUGAGGAAAAUCUUCCCUGGUGUGAAUGCAGAGGGCUACAAUAUGAGUAUUCCAAUGCCGGGUCACCCUGUCAACUUCUCUGAGGUGACGAUGGAGCAGGCGCGACGAGACGUGGAGCAGCUAGAACAGCUCAUCUCUGCCCACGAUGUCGUCUUCCUACUGAUGGACACUCGUGAGAGCCGCUGGCUACCCACUGUCAUUGCUGCCAGCCAAAGAAAACUCAUAGUCAACGCCGCCCUGGGUUUUGACACAUUUGUUGUGAUGAGGCAUGGCCUGAAGAAACCCAAAACAACAUAAUAACAGCCAUUGUGUUAUUUCUGUGCAAUCCAUUGAAAUCCAUUUACAGGGGCCUCUCUGUUUUCCAACAUACCCGGACACCGUCUGGGCUGCUACUUCUGCAAUGAUGUGGUUGCACCGGGAGACUCUACAAGGGACAGGACAUUAGACCAGCAGUGCACUGUCAGCCGUCCUGGUCUUGCCAUGAUAGCUGGAGCAUUGGCAGUGGAGCUGAUGGUGUCCAUACUGCAGCACCCAGAGGGGGGUUACGCGGUGGCCAGCAGCAGUGAUGAUAGGAUGAAUGAGCCUCCAACCUCACUUGGCCUCGUACCUCAUCAGAUCCGAGGAUUCCUGUCAAGAUUUGACAAUGUUCUUCCAGCAAGUCUGGCAUUCGACAAAUGCACUGCCUGCUCACCAAUAGUACUUGAGCAUUAUGAACGUGAAGGCUUCCAGUUCCUGUCUAAAGUUUUUAACUCAUCUCAUUCGUUCCUGGAGGACUUGACCGGUUUGACCCUGCUGCAUCAGGAAACACAGGCUGCAGAGAUCUGGGACAUGAGUGAUGAUGAAAGUAUCUGAAUGUGUCAGUCACCAGGGGCCGGAAGGAGGGAGUGUGUGUUUGGGUUUUUUUUGGGGGGGGGGGGG